AUGUCCACCCUGACCGUCGAUCCGCCAGCUGGAGCCGUACCCGCCGCCGGCGGCAAGACCACCCACACCCUGGCCAACGCCGGAGCCGCCAAGGUCGUCUUCAAGGUGAAAUCGUCGAACAACACCGAGUACCGCCUGCAGCCCGUCUUCGGGUUCGUCGACCCCGGCGGCCAGGCCCCCGUUGAGGUCACCCGCCUCGCCGGCCCGCCCAAGGAGGACAAGCUGGUGAUCGAGUACGGCGAUGCCCCCGCCGACGCCGCCACCCCGCAGGACGCGUUCAAGGGCGUCGCCGCGCCGCAGAAGCUCACCGUGCCCAUCAAGGCCGAG